AUGGAUCCACACUUCCAAUUUGGUCAUACCAAUGGUCAAACCGCUGCACAUUUCUCAAAUCCUUAUAAUAAUCUUUGUUUUCAAAAAACAAAAGAUGAAAGAUCAUUGUCUGUUACAUCACCAAUGUUAUCACAAAAUGAUAUCAGACAUUCUUUUAUCCCAGUACCCCAAUUAAUUUUAAAUGAAUCUAAAUCUACUGGACAAACUCCUUCAUCCAAUAAUAUGUUAAGCUCUUCAUCUCCUUCAGUUAAUCCUCAAACCUCAGGAAAACGUAUCGCAUGUGAUUUGGCAUAUUGUAAAAUGUGUAUAGAAGGAAGCCCUAAUAUUUUAGUAAAAAAUCCUACUUGGGCUAUUAUAAUGAGAGUUGUAUUUUAUACACUUGGAGAAAAUUAUAAAGGCAAAGAGUUUUUUAAUCUCAAAACUGAAGUUUAUAAUUUUAUGACUUCACAUUGGAAUACACUUUGUAUAAAUAGAAAAAAAUCAGAUAAUUGGAAGAAGCAGAUCCAAGAUAUGCUAAGUCAUAGUAAAGGUCUCUUUGAAUCUGGAAUGGAUCAUUUUAGACAAAAUGGGUUCUGGAAAUUAAAGGUGAAUGUCAAUCCAUGGUUAUUGGAAAAGAAAAAAAACUCAAGGAAAGGAGGAGACAAAAGAAAAAAAGGUGAAGAAGAUGAAUUAGAAGAAGUAAGAAAAAGUCAAAAAUAUUUGGACGCAAGACAAGAAUUAGUUAAGGAAAUGAAAGAACUUAAAGAACAAUUGGAAAGGAUCCAACAGAGUAUAAUCAAGAUUGUAGCACACAAAAGCAAUCAACUUUGUGAGAGCAAGAUACAGUCGAUUUUGAAUAUGUACGUCAACAUCCAGCAACAUAUUGAAGAGAAACAACUACAAUUGUCCAAUUUAAAUGGACCGAGUUACCAGGUUCCAGAGGAAUCGAUUUCAUCAGCUCAAUCAACACCAAUCUCUUCUUUGGCAUCACCACAUUUUGCGAGCAACUCGAUACCCAAUCCAAUCACCGAAACUCUGUCAUAUCCUCAGUUUACACAGCCACAACCAAAACAACAACAACAACAAGAAAAUCAACAAUCACAUCCACAACAACAAUUAAUGGCAAUCAAUAGAUUGGUAGAUAAUUAA